AUUCUUAAAGCUACCCCUGAUGUAAAAUAAAUUGUAUACGAAAAUGAUGUUCAUAUAGGUUCUUGAAUAAAAACAUUAAAAUGGGAAUAAAAACACCAUUGAGAAAACACCAAAACAUCGCGAGAGUUUGGUGAGAAAACGGACUGUCAAGCUUUCUUAACAUUACUUUUUACUUUCCGUUUUUUGUUGCUUUACUUCGGACUUUCACGUCUACAGCAGCGGUUAAGCUAUCAUCAAAUUCAGUGAAAAUACUUUGUUAGAGUCUGUGGGUGUUUUUGCGGGAAUAAGAGUAAGCAAAGCUAAUAACCUUAUUAUUAGCUGGUUUUAGCAUCCUUCUCUGGCUGUGGAAGUACACUUUCCUGCACAUUUCUUGUUUGUUUUUUAAGCCAAACACACAGGGACCAGUCAUAUUUGUCUAUAUUUGAUCGUGUUAUGCGUUAAAGACACCAUGAUAGCCGGCUCAGCUGCAUUAUGUUCAGACUGACUGGUGUUUUCAGAGCAGUACGCAGGACGGUCUGCAGUGGCGUCGACGACAUGGCGAAGGGCAGGUUUUUCUACGCUGUGAAGAAAGGCUUUAAACCAGGAGUCUACAGCACAUGGGAUGAAUGUAAGAACCAGGUGGACAAAUUCCCGGCCUCCUCCUUCAAGAAGUUUGCCUCAGAGAAAGACGCCUGGUCGUUCUUCAGAGGAGUUGACCCUACUCCCCCUUCAGCGGUGAAGAAAGUAUCUCAGAGCGUGGAGUCGGCCGUCGCUCUGCUUCCUCAAAGACGUCCGGAGGCCCUGCAGUACAUCCCUCUCGGUAAGAAGAGAUGUCACUCGGAUGAGGCCGCACAGACACCUCCCAAACGAGUCAAAGCGUCAGGAAGCUUGUCUUCAGAAAGCUUGUCUUCAGAAAGCUCGUCUUCAGGAAGCUCAGACGGAUUCACUUACAUGGGUGAUGCUGUGGUGGUUUACACUGACGGCGGCUGCACGGGAAACGGACAGAAAGGAGCAAAAGCCGGCAUCGGGGUGUACUGGGGCCCCAACCACCCACUAAAUGUCGCAGACCCUCUGGAGGGAAGACAAACCAACCAGCGGGCAGAAAUACAGGCAGCCUGCAAAGCGCUAGAGCUAGCCAAAGAGCACAACAUAAAGAAGUUGGUCCUCUACACCGACAGCAUGUUCACCAUCAACGGAGUGACCAGCUGGGUGAAGACCUGGAAGCUGAACGGCUGGCGGCUGAAGUCCGGAGGUCAGAUCACAAACAAAGACGACUUUAAGAAGCUGGACAAGCUGAAUGCAGAGGUGGACGUGGUCUGGUUGCAUGUCCCGGGUCACUCCGGCUUCAGGGGAAACGAGGAGGCCGACCGACUGUCGAGGGAAGGCGCGCUGAAGCCUCUACCGAAGCAGCGGUAGCUCAAAGAAAGAGACUCUUAUUUUGAAGGGAUUCGCUGCAGGACAGUUUGGUCAGUUUCUCUCCGAGGACGUUUUUCUGUUAAAUAUGGAUUUUAAUUAUUAUUCUUUUGCUCUGAAUAAAGUUGAUGCUUCAUCAGAA